AUGUCUUCCAUGAUCCUCAACCGGGCCGGCGCCCAGGGUCUCCGCAGCGCGGCGAGGGUCCAGCAGAUGCGCACCGCCGCUACGCUGGCCACCUUCAAGACCCCCAAGGUCUUCAACGAGCCCAACCAGCACUAUGUCAAGGGCAGCCAGCAACGGGAGGGUCUGACUGCUGCCAUUGAGAAGCUGCAGAAGAAGCUGCCCGUCGAGGUCCCCGUUGUUGUCGGUGGCAAGGAGAUCAAGGUUUCCGCUCUCUCCAAGCAGCAGAACCCCGCUGACCACGCCACCACUGUCGCCUCUUACCACACGGCCACUGCUGCCGAUGUCUCGGCUGCUAUUGACGCCGCCCUCGCGGCCAAGCCCGCCUGGGAGUCCCUCCCCUUCGCCGACCGAGCUGCCGUCUUCCUCAAGGCUGCCGACCUGAUCUCCACAAAGUACCGCUACGAUAUCAUGGCCGCCACCAUGCUCGGCCAGGGCAAGAAUGCCUGGCAGGCCGAGAUCGACGCCGCUGCCGAGCUGGCUGACUUCCUCCGCUUCAACGUCCACUACGCUGAGCAGCUCUACAACACCCAGCCCGAGCACAACUCGCCUGGCGUCUGGAACCGCCUCGAGUACCGCGCCCUCGAGGGCUUCGUCUACGCUGUGAGCCCCUUCAACUUUACCGCCAUCGCUGGUAACCUUCCCGGUGCUCCCGCUCUCCUCGGUAACGUCGUCGUUUGGAAGCCCAGUGACUUCGCCAUUGCCUCCAACUGGCUCGUCUACCAGAUCCUGCUCGAGGCUGGCCUCCCCAAGGAUGUUAUCCAGUUCGUUCCUGGCAACCCCGUCGAGGUCACCAAGGUUGUUCUCGAGCACAAGGAGUUUGCUGCCCUCCACUACACUGGUAGCACCGCCGUCUUCCGUAAGCUGUAUGGCACCAUUGGCGAGGGUAUCGCUUCGGGCCGCUACCGCUCCUACCCCCGUGUCGUUGGCGAGACUGGCGGCAAGAACUUCCAUCUGAUCCACCCCUCGGCCGACAUUGACAACGCCGUCAAGCAGACUGUCCGUGGCGCCUUUGAGUUCCAGGGCCAGAAGUGCAGUGCUACUUCUCGACUCUACGUGCCCAAGUCCAAGUGGGCCGAGUUCAAGGAGAAGCUGGUCGCCGAGGUCGAGCAGAUCAAGAUUGGCAACCCCACUGACCAUGGAAACUUCAUGGGACCUGUCAUCCACGAGGCUUCCUUCAAGAAGCUCUCUGGAGCCAUUGACGAGGCCAAGACCGACAAGGACCUCGAACUCGUUGUCGGCGGCAAGUAUGACUCCUCCAAGGGCUACUUCAUUCACCCUACCAUCUAUGCCACCACCAACCCUGCUCACAAGUUCUUCUCGACCGAGUUCUUCGGCCCCAUCCUGACCACAUACAUCUACGACGACGCUGCCCCCAACGCCAUCGCCGACGUUUGCAAGCUCAUUGAGACCACCUCCGACUACGGUCUCACCGGUGCCGUCUUCGCCGCUGACCGUGAGGCCGCUCGCUUCGCUGAGGAGCAGCUCCGCAACGCCGCCGGCAACUUCUACGUCAACUGCAAGAGCACUGGCGCGGUCGUCGGUCAGCAGCCCUUCGGCGGUUCUCGCGCCUCGGGCACCAACGACAAGGCUGGCAGCCAGAACCUCCUGACCCGCUUCGUCAAUGUCCGCGCUAUCAAGGAGGAGUUUACUCCUACCACCCAGGUCACUUACCCCAGCAACGAGAUCUAA